CGGCCACAGCUCAAUGCGCGGCGCAGUCCGACCGAGGCAGGCACGGAGAUGUAGCGUAGCUCGGUGGGACUCCGUGGCCAGCCGCCUGUCACUUUCUACGUGGAUCAUUUCUCAGACGUUAACACCGGAAUGGGAAAAAUCGGACUUGAUCUUUGCACAGUUACACCGCACGAAUGUGCCGCGUAAUGCGACCGAGAGGAGCUGCCUUUGGGGGGACAUAUUUAUGGUUUGGGAAGGUUUUGUUGGAGUAGCUAGUUGCUAGCACUGGGCUAGCGACUCCGCUGGCUACUUCGGACGGAAGGUAUUUUGCAAGGAUGCUACGGUGGAUACGACAGCAGCUGGGUUUUGACCCCCCCCACCAGAGUGAGACCAGGACGGUGUACGUGGCAAACCGUUUCCCCCAGCAUGGCCACUACGUACCGCAACGCUUUGCCGACAACAGAAUCAUCUCUUCCAAGUACACGAUUUGGAACUUCGUCCCCAAGAAUCUGUUUGAGCAGUUCAGAAGAAUAGCCAACUUCUACUUCCUCAUUAUCUUCCUCGUACAGUUGAUGAUAGACACCCCAACUUCUCCUGUCACCAGCGGUCUUCCUCUGUUCUUUGUCAUCACAGUAACUGCCAUCAAACAGGGCUAUGAGGAUUGGUUGAGACACAAAGCGGACAACGAGGUGAACGGGGCUCCGGUGUUUGUGGUUCGCAGUGGAAGUCUGGUCCAGACAAGAUCCAAGAACAUCAGGGUGGGGGACAUAGUUCGCGUGGCUAAAGAUGAGACAUUCCCAGCUGAUCUGGUGCUGCUGUCGUCGGACCGCUCAGAUGGCACCUGUCACAUCACCACCACCAGCCUCGACGGAGAGACCAACCUCAAGACCCACUACUCAGUCGCAGAGACGUCAGUGUGUCAGUCAGUGUCCAGACUGGAGGCUCUGCAGGCUGUGGUGGAGUGUCAACAACCUGAGGCUGACUUAUACAGGUUUGUUGGUCGGAUUACGGUGACUCAACAUGGAGAGGAGAUUGUCAGACCGCUGGGUCCGGAGAAUUUGCUGCUGCGAGGAGCCAGGUUGAAAAAUACCAAAGAGAUUUUCGGUGUGGCCGUUUACACUGGGAUGGAGUCCAAGAUGGCCCUCAACUAUAAGUGCAAGUCCCAGAAACGUUCAGCGGUGGAGAAGUCCAUGAAUACCUUUCUGAUCAUCUACCUGGGCAUCUUGCUGUUUGAGGCCGUGCUCAGCACAAUCCUGAAGUACGCCUGGCAGGCCGAGGACAAAUGGGACGAGCCCUUUUACAACCACAAGACUGAACAAGAGAGAAACAGCAGUCCGAUUUUGAAGUUCAUCUCAGACUUCCUGGCAUUCCUGGUUCUCUACAACUUCAUCAUCCCCAUCUCACUGUACGUUACCGUGGAGAUGCAGAAGUUCCUGGGCUCCUUUUUCAUUGGCUGGGAUUUGGACCUUUACCACGAGGAGAGUGACCAGAAAGCCCAGGUCAACACCUCGGACCUCAACGAGGAGCUGGGACAGGUGGAGUAUGUGUUUACUGAUAAGACGGGUACACUAACGGAAAAUGAGAUGCAGUUCCGCGAAUGCUCGAUUAACGGAACCAAGUACCAGGAAAUCAAUGGCAAGCUGGUACCAGAGGGACUGACUGACGACUCUCCAGACGGCUCUACACCCCACCUGACCGGUGAGGAGUUGUUAUUUCUCAAGGCGGUGUCCUUGUGUCACACGGUCCAGAUCAGCUACGACCAGCCGGACUGUCUGGCCGGGGGAGGAGACCCGUUCUCCCACGCCAACGGUUUCUCAACCAACGACAUGGAGUACUACGCCUCGUCACCCGAUGAGAAAGCUUUGGUGGAGGCGACAAAGAGGAUGGGUGUGGCCUUCACCAGCAGCAAUGGAGCAACCAUGGAAAUCAAAACAUUUGGCAAGUCAGAGAAGUACAAACUGCUCCAUGUGUUGGAGUUUGACGCUAACCGCAGGAGGAUGAGCGUCAUACUACAGACUCCCUCAGGAGGAACAGUGCUCUUCACCAAGGGAGCCGAGUCGGCCAUCUUGCCUUUCACCACCAGCGGAGAGAUAGAAAAGACCAGACUGCAUGUGGAUGAGUUUGCCUUGAAAGGUUUGCGGACCCUGGUGGUUGCGUGCCGCCACUUCAGCCCAGAGGAGUACAUCGAUGUGGACAGGUGUCUGAACGCCGCCCGCACCGCCCUGCAGCAGAGGGAGGAGAGGCUGCAGGAGGCUUUCAGCUACAUCGAGAGGGACCUGCAGCUCCUGGGCGCGACAGGGGUGGAGGACAAACUCCAGGACAAGGUCCAGGAGACCAUCGAAGCCUUGCGGCUGGCAGGGAUCAAAGUAUGGGUGCUGACAGGGGACAAACAUGAGACAGCAGUCAGCGUCAGUCUGUCCUGUGGCCACUUCCACCGAACCAUGAACAUCCUGGAGCUCCUACAGCAGCGCUCUGACAACGAGUGUGCCGAGCAGCUCCGCAGGCUGGCCAGGAGGAUAAAGGAGGAUCACGUUAUCCAGCACGGUUUGGUCGUGGACGGGGCCAGUCUGUCGUUGGCACUGAGGGAGCAUGAGAAGCUCUUCAUGGAAGUGUGUAAAAACUGCUCGGCUGUUCUGUGCUGCCGCAUGGCACCGCUGCAAAAAGCGAAGGUGGUGCGUCUUUUAAAAACAUCCCCAGAGAAACCCAUCACCUUAGCUAUUGGAGAUGGAGCCAAUGAUGUCAGUAUGAUACAGGAAGCCCACGUUGGCAUAGGUAUCAUGGGGAAAGAGGGUCGUCAGGCCGUGAGAAACAGUGACUAUGCAAUCGCCAGGUUUAAGUUCCUGGCUAAACUUCUGCUGGUUCACGGUCACUUCUACUACAUAAGAAUAGCUACGCUUGUACAGUACUUUUUCUACAAGAAUGUGUGUUUUAUCACGCCCCAGUUUUUAUACCAGUUCUUCUGUCUGUUUUCACAACAAACUCUGUACGACAGUGUUUAUCUGACACUGUACAACAUCUGCUUCACCUCGCUGCCCAUCCUGGUUUACAGCCUGUUUGAACAGCUGGUCCAUCCACACGUCCUGCAGAACAAACCUGUCCUGUACAGGGACAUCAGCAGGAACUCUCUGCUGUCUUUCCGGACUUUUUUGUACUGGACUCUGUUGGGCUUCUGUCAUGCCUUUGUCUUCUUCUUCGGAUCUUACGUCCUGAUGGGAGAGGACACCACCCUUAUGGGCAACGGACAGAUCUUGCGAGCUAACAGGCAGCUGAUGUUUGGGAACUGGACGUUUGGCACGCUGGUCUUCACUGUCAUGGUCAUCACUGUCACAUUAAAGCUGGCGUUAGAAACUCAUUUCUGGACGUGGAUGAACCAUUUCGUGACAUGGGGCUCAAUAGCCUUCUACUUUAUCUUCUCCUUGUUCUACGGAGGCAUCAUCUGGCCCUUCCUCCACACCCAGGACAUGUACUUUGUCUUCGUCCAGCUGCUGUCUAGCGGCUCGGCCUGGUUUGCCAUCAUCAUCAUUGUCGUCACCUGCCUCUUCCCCGAUGUGGUGAAGAAGGUCUUCUACCGACAUCUGCAGCCCACCAGCACCCAGAAGAGCCAGUCUGUACCGCCCCCCCAGGCGCAGGCCCUCAGCUGUAUGGAGUCCCUGUGCUGCUACCAACAUGGGCAGAGCGGCUGUUCCCGCCUGGCCCGCCUGCUGGAGCAAAUGACCGGGAACUGCCAGGCCAGCGCCAACCAUUGCCACGCUGCCAGCCAAAGCAACAGGUCGUGGAGCAACUCUGAGAACUUCUACUCCAGCGAUCGCAGCAUCCUGACGCUGUCGCCCAUCGACGGUAGCCAGUGCUGACACCCCAGGGCUGCUGACUGACACACAGCUGGGGCGAGCCACACCCCUAUACAUCACACCCUCGCCCCCCCUCGCCCCAAGCCACUACUUUUGCCACUUCAAUUCAAUUAAAACACGAUGCGUUCCCAGACGGAUGCAAAACGGACAGACUGGAGCUGUUGCAUCCUGUGAUACCAAAGGACUAAGCUGACAGUCUGGGGCACUAGGUGCAGAGGAAUGCUCUGUCUCGCGGCAUCUUGCAUCCUCAGCUGAAUCAAAUUCAGCGCUCACUAGAAAAGGUAGAGAACAGCCAUCAGAUGGGACCUGUGACAUGAAGGGAAAGUGAAGGACAAUGUAGCCCCCACGAAAUCCAGCAGACACUUGUGGAGCUCGUUCUGCUGAAAGAUGCAGUCAGCGUCCACACACUCCCAAACAUCCACUCUGAAAAGCCAGCAAGCGAAUGCACAUUCAGCAGAUUCUCACUGCGUUCAGGGUGUCUGCAAGUCCUGAAAAAGUAUUCAAAUCUUUGAAGCGGUAUUCUCUAAACUGAAGGCCUUAAAAAAAAAGUUCUUAAAAUCUUCACCAUUGAAGUACACAGAUAUUCAUUUUCAGGUAUUACUAUGAAAGUUUUGCAUCUUGAAACUAAAUCUUAAUUCUUCAAACUUAAUGAUACUUGCAGACACCCUGUGCGCCGCAAACCCUCAACCAGCAGACACAGAGUGGAGACUGACUGACCUGAGGGGCCGGACAUUUCAGUGCACGUUACCUAAAUCCUCACUAGUCUUGGUCGCUGCAAUUCAAGAACUGCCUCGUCACCUCACCUCACUGUUUUCUUUUAGGUCACGUGGACACAGACUGCUAGACUGACCCAGGCAGACUCCAGACUUCCAGACUAGUGUCACCAGAGGGCCGAGAUGGUCUGUAGACCACCUGCUACCAGGUGCCACAGAUGGUCUACCAAGUCACAGACUCGGUGAAACCCCUCUGAGACUGCAUACGUUCCCACCCCAGAAGUCCGGGCUGCACCGUCACUCUGCUUGCAUAGACUACGAUGUUUUCUAGCCACGCACCUGCUGAACUGUCUGCCUCACUGCAGCUUUGUUUGUCAUUCAGACAGAAAGGGAAGGGUUAGACCACCCAGAGCCUUGUAGCGCUCAGGGUUCUGACAUCACUCAGAGCCCUGUUGAUCUGGCAGCGUCUAGACUUGUUCCCUGCGGACCUUCUGGUUCUGGCAAUAACCUGCAACCAGAGCCAUAGAUACUGUAUGUGGAGGUUCAUCUCCACAUGGUACCAAAGACCAAACGAUUCAGACUGGAGUUUAAACAAAAAAUGUGUUUAUUUUUGUGCCUGAUUGUACAGUAGCUUGUAUUAUUGUUAUCAUGACUAUUAUUAUUCGUGCUGCUUUCACUUUGACUGUACAGGCCUCGAUCUCCCCGGCGCCUCCCUCUGAAUGAGGCCCGAUGGGGUCUGUUGAUAAGCCAUACAUACUCGAGAGGUAAUACUGAUAGCCAGGUUAUGGAAGGUACUGGGAACAUAGAAGCUGAAUGAGCCCGUCAUCACUUUAGUGUUUGGAAACUUGUUCCCCUUUAAAUGCCUUCUUCUUCCAGCCUUGUGAGCAAAGUCAUCUUGGCGUUAAAGUCCAUGCUUCACAGGAAAUAGCUUGAGGUAACCAAGAGUCAGUAGCAAUUGGGAAAAAUAGGAUUAAGUUAAAUUUGGAGAAGAUUGUGCUACAAAGAACAGAUGUACAGCCAGAAUUGCCCGUCUUAGCUGCCUCAAAAUAUUUCCUGUGUAUCCUGCGAUAGGAGAAUCGUCCCAAUUUUAUGUCCGUGAGGCAAAAAUGGUUUUAAUGGCGAGAUGCUUCUGCAUAACAGGGCUUUGUAUGUGGAUCCUAAUCCAGACGGAAGAAUGUCUCCAUCUUUGCUCCAACAAAGAGAGAUCGAAUUUAGAUCGAUGAAUCAGCUUCAACAGAGAUGAACGGAAAAGCAGAGCUUUUGCACAUACCACACAUAUCAAAAUCAACCACAUUUUUUUGAUUUCUUUUUUUUUUGUUGUUGUUAAUGUUUAUUGAAUCAUUGCUUGUCUCUCACCAUUGAAAUCAUCUAUAUCAUGUUAUUGCUGUUACUUUGUUGUUGGCCAUGUGUUAAUAUCCACUUGUUGAUGAAAUGUGUGUGUGAGAGUUGGUGUGUUGGUUUUUCUACGGCGGUCAUGUUGGUCGAAGGCAAUAUGUAGUUUCAUUAAGCUCCCCUCACAUCAGACCUCAGAGACUUUGUGGCCGUGUGACGCCCAGAGUUCAAAGGUUAAAGGUCAGGUGGUUCUCUUUGAUGCUUUACUUUGCUCUCUCUCUCUCUUUCAUCUUCCCUCACAAAAUCCAAGAAGAGGUGAACUUGAGGUGAGCCAAGGAAAAUCUGGAAGGUCUAUAUUCUGAGUUUUUCUCAGGAGAGAGAGAGCAAGAGGGAGAGAGACCGAAGGGCAUCCGGGAGACGCCAGAAAUUGACUGACAACUGCUAGGAGCGCAGUGUAGAAAUCCUCCAAGACAACCGUUUUAAACUUGUUUUUGAUAACCACACAACUGCGACUGGUACAUUGCCUCAGCACACAGCGGGAACGUACAAAGUGAUGGGAUGUUUCUGUUGUUAGUCUCUUUUUGAAGCGGAUACGAUGUUCCCGAGCAGCUCAAAGUGGGAGAGAUUGUAAUAAUGCUUGUCAAUCAAUGAGUUGAAUAUUAUGGGAUUUUUUUUUUUUGUCAUUUUCUGUAUGGUACAAGUGGUUUGAUGCAUAUCUGGGCCUGUAAUAUUCAUGAUGUUCACAAAGGUACAACUGACAAUGAAAGUAUCUAUUUAUUGUUACAGUACAUGUUUCUUUUCCUGUUUUGUUUUAUGCUGUUUUGGGCAUAUCGAUGAUGUCUCCACGUCCUGUAUGGCCGGAAUGCAACAACUUCCCAAAAGUGUUGUUCUGUCUAGAUCUUAGAUGUGUAACCAGGAAUUUCUACCUUGGCGUCUCAACGCCCCGAGACGCCUCCACGCGGCUCUUCCAUGUGUUCGACCAGAGAGUUGGCAGUGCAGGCGGCCGGGAGCAGCUUGCCUGAAACAGACGGGAAGUGAGUUCGUUGCGGGACAUUUGGGCAGCAAAGGACAUUCGGUGGUCGCGGGGGAACCUGGGACCUUCCAGCUGGACGGCGCUCACCUCCCGGCCGUCCAACAACCAAACAGAGAAUCAUGAUCUGUGCGCCGAGGCGUUCUUUGAAAGCGAGGGAAGUUCUUGUCUCCCAUGAGCACCUUUGGCCACAUUUACACGGGAACAGAGUUACUUUUCAUCUCAAGCUUUUGAGCCCAUUUAUACCAGGGUGUAUUCCACAAAGCAAGAGGAGGAAGUCAGCCAGAUAAGUGCGAAAAAGACCCGCUCUGUGUUCUGCUGAUGGUGAUGUGAAGCUGUGAAACCAGGCGCCAAUGUUUGCUCUAAGCAUCACACAUCAGGCAUUUAGAAAUGAUGUGUAGACGGUGUUUACCAAAACUGGUAAGCACGUUUAAGUCUAAUUUUAAUAUUUGUAAACAGUGAAGUCACAGUUUUUGCAGAGAAUAGUUCAAUAUGCUGUUACUGAAAACAUGUUCAUAAAUGUUAAUAAUAACCUUAAAGAAAUACUCCAACAUUUUUGGGCAAAAUACCCUUUUCCCCGACUCACCUCAGACUGAGUCAAGAUGUUAGAUACCAUUUUCACCUCUGAAUGUCCACUGGCUCUGUUCCUCUGGGUAGCAUUUUGUGUUAGCUUAGCAUAAAGACUUGAAGUCUAUGGGAGUCAUUAGCCUAGCUCAAGCCUAGCCUAGUCAAAAUGAAAAAAUAAACUUUACAGCAACUCCAAAGCAAUUUAGCAUGUAUUUGAAAUACACAUCUUGAAAUUUAUCUAAAAUAAGAGGCAUUUUAGGAAUUUGAUGGAGCUCGGCUAAUGAAUCCCAUAGGCUUCAAGUCUUUAUGCUAAGCUAUCAUAAAAUGCUACCUAUAGGAACCAAAUCAGUGGACAUACAGAAGUGAAAAUGGUAUCAGACAUCUUGUCACAGUCUGAGUAAGUCAGGAAAAGGAUAUUUUGGGCAGAAACAACUUGGAGUAUUCCUUUACAUCUUCUUACCACUUUGUUACGGUGUUAUUAACAGUUUACACACAGUAUACAAAUGCUUCACUGGGGUUGGGGUUAAAAUUGAAGUAUUACUGGUUUUAGGAAUAUGAUUCAGUCCCUGUUUAUUAUCACUUGUUUAUUUUCACUUAUCUGGCCUACUUGCUCAUCCUGUUUUACAGAGCAGCCCCUUGUUAUUAAACUGUGUUGUGCAUCUGGAUAAGGAAAAAGAAACACGGCACACAGUUAGGAGAAACCGCCCACUGGCAGUACAAAUGUCACCGUGGCCUCGGCUCUCAACCGGCCUGCCAGCGUCACGCACUAAAAAUGGAAAAUGGAUGAUCCUCGAAACUCAAUAUUUGACAGCAGUUUGGGACAACAGUGCUGUCCAGGCGAAAUUGAGCAGUUGCUAUAGAAACAGACGGAUAUGAAGUUACCUUGAAGCAGAUGCAAAGCGAGGAGGACGAGCCCUUUCACAUCAAAGAGAGAGUCCAGGCUGUGCCGAGGCGCUCACCUGCUCUGUGAAUGUGAUUAAACUCAGAGAGUGAUGGGAUCGGGGUCCAGAUGCACUUCACAUUUUAAUACCGCGGGUCAUUUAGACCAGCAGCGGCUCUGAGCUCAUGGUUUCACUGGCAGGAGGAAACCAGGCGGGUUUGUCUCCUGGUCCAGAGAGCCGGGAAAACAUCAGAUCUGAGGCAAAAGGCAAAAAUCAGAACCUGGUUUUCCAAAAUAUCACAACACUGAAGUCGCCCAGCAACACCAGGCCAGUGGGGCAUUUCAAGAAGCAGAUUAUUCAGCCAGGUAAUUUAAAAAAAAUGAUCUUUAAAACACUUAAUCAAGCCUUGCCAAGAGAUCAUGAAGUCAUCCAUCAGGACCGAGCUGAAAAGGAUGAAUUUUUGAAAAUGUCAGGAGCUUUAAUUCUUGUGCACAGGCGUUUUUACCUGAGUGGUCCUGCUCUCCAGAAUAUCAGAAAUAUGUAGCCCACUGUGUGUGCAAAACGCAGCCGUCACAGUGAGGCCGCCUGCGUCCCCGCUGCAGGCUCACUUUAGUGUCCCUUUGAAGGUGUGACAGUGAAUUUUCAGGAUUGGCUGGGCUUGAAAAAUCUGGGAAGUACACUUGAAUUCUGUAAAAGUGUCAAGGGGUUAAACUUUUGUUCACAUCAAUAAACAACAGAGAACCGAGCUGCUCAAAUCCUGUCGAGAAAAUAGGGUUUUGAAGUGAAAAAUCUUUACGGACAGUGUAAGAUGAUGUCAGCACCAAGAUGCUCUGGGAAAGCCCGGCCACAGUUUUGCAGACUUGAAUAAACCAGAGACAAAGUUAGGAAAGGAAAAACAUGUCAACACGUCGGUACUCGGUUGCAGAAUAUCCUGCGACUCACCACUUAAGACGCGAGGUGGAAGGAUCGCUUGAAUGUUGAAGGGUUUUGAUUAAAUCAUUUUCAUUUCCUCCUCCCAUCGGCAAUAAACUCUCCCGCUGCACUAGACGGUUAUUAAACGCACCAUCGUUAUUCUUAUGUUGACUUCUCUUUGCUGUCUGUCCUUCCUUCUUCUGUAAAUCUGUCUCAUAGCUGAUGUUUAUGAAAAUACAGUUCUAUUUACGGAAUAAAUACGUUUUUACAAAAA